GGCGUGCAGGCAACUACCACUGCUCAUUCGACUUAUGAUACUGGCCAGCCGCCAGACGGUUCAUUCACCAAACCACCCAUAAAAACAUUGCAUAAGUGCCUGCAACAAUCUGAGCACCUCCAGAGGCAGCAUCCCAAUUUCCCGGUAGCGAGGACUAGGCAUCCACUAUCCAUUCUGGUGGCCCGGGACAUCUUGUUAACAACGCAGCAUCUACUUUUGGACCCUAAAGCUGAAUAACGAAUAACAUGGCUGUUCCAUCGUUCGCACGUGCGACUGCCUCUUCAACCCUCAAAGCCAGUCCCAAUGGCGGAAAGUCCAACGAUGUGACGACAACGCAAGGCUCAGGGACUUUCUCAGGGACCUCAGGAACCGACAGAAAGUUGAAACGGCCCUCGACGCUUACCAGGCGAGCCCGAGAGAGCAUAGCUUACAAUGCAGACCUUUAUCACAUCAAGCCUUCAAAUCCGUCGAAACCAUGUCCGUUGGCUGCGCUUCCGUCCGAGCUCCGUACUCUCAUCUAUUCUCAUACAUUUGGCGAUCUGCAAAGCCCAGUCCUCAUGAACUAUGGCCGUAAACGACACUCUCCAUCAAAGUUACUACAAACAUGUCGCGCUAUUCGCAUCGAAGCGGCAUACAUGUACUUCACGGAGGCCUCGUUCACAUGGCUGGUCAAGAACCUCAACUUUAAUGCCAUUGUCAAGUGGCUUGAGAGCCUCCAACCUUCGCAUAGAGCAUUACUGUCUCGCAAUCGAAACCUGACUAUCGAAGUCAUUCCCGGCCUUUUGAAGUUGUUCACCUAUCCACCCAAAGAUUUCCUUCUAGACGACACAUUACAGAAUCACUGGAAAGCUUGCCAACCAUUCGGCAACUUGUAUGCUGUGAGAGCGAUGCACACAAAUUCUGGUACUCGCAGGAGCCUCGCGAGGUUUGAUGACCCUGGAUACGACCCUGCACACGACAACGCCAAAGUCUUUUUCCUGCUAUUCUGCAGGCUAGCUGUCUGGUCCAGACUAUGUACACAGUCCAUUUACGCGGGCAUCCAAUGGAAGUACACGUUCGAUUUGCCAUCAGACUCUCAUGGCAAAAGAUCAUUGAAUAAUGCACUUGGUGAACAUGAAGCAGACCUCCGUUCUUUUCUCCCUCAGCUGAAGAAGCUUUGGACAAGAAAUAGGUGUGAGAGCAGAAUCAAGCAGCCUAUUCUGGAGCUACUCGACGCAUUCAUCGGGGCUUAUGCGAAAAUGGAAAGCCAAAAUCCCAUCUGGUACCAACAUAGCGACAUGGUCGUGCGACUCAAAGCUCAGAGGGAACGGAUCAGCUGCUGGAAUCGACCACCUCCAGUAUAAGGCCAACAGGGAGAGGACGAAGCACCAGGUCUUACAACUGUGGAUUAAGAUGAGCAUGGGGAGGCCUCGCGAAGUCAUGACUGGGACAGUCGAGCUU